GAGAGGGAGGGAUAGAAGAGAGGACGGGUAGGAGCGUGUGUGCGAGUGUGUGAGACAUUUACUCCUCUAACUACUAGGAGACAGACAGACACACUCACACACACAUACACACACACACUCACACACUCAUUUUCUUGUCCCGACUUAACAAAAAAAAAGGCAAAAAAGCAAAUUUAAAAAACGGGAGGAUUUUAUUUCUUUACCACAUUUUCUUUUAAAAACUCUCUAAAAGAAAUUCUCAAAUUUUCUACCAAUCAAAGCCUCUGCUUAAGAUCUGCUGGGACUUCACCUUCAGCCCCUCUCUACGGAAAUCCUAUGUACUGAUCAAUAGACCCUGCCAUCCACACAAGACAUACCUCAUGGAUUUGUACCUUGUUGGAUAUAUAAUGUGCAGCAUGUGGUUGUCCAGCUCUCGGGUGCUUGGAGGCUAUCCCAUCUGGUGGUCCCUGGCUCUGGGGCAGCAGUACUCAUCCCUGGGCUCCCAGCCCAUCCUCUGCGGAUCCAUUCCUGGCCUGGUUCCCAAGCAGCUGCGCUUCUGCCGCAACUACAUCGAGAUCAUGCCCAGCGUGGCCGAGGGCGUCAAACUGGGCAUCCAGGAGUGCCAGCAUCAGUUCCGUGGCCGCAGAUGGAACUGCACCACCAUAAAGGACAACCUGGCCAUCUUCGGUCCUGUGCUGGACAAAGCCACCAGAGAGUCUGCAUUUGUCCAUGCGAUUGCCUCAGCCGGCGUGGCGUUUGCAGUGACGCGCUCGUGUGCAGAGGGCACCUCCACCAUGUGUGGCUGCGACUCCCAUCACAAAGGACCACCGGGUGAAGGUUGGAAGUGGGGUGGAUGUAGUGAAGAUGCAGAAUUUGGGGUUCUGGUGUCUCGUGAGUUUGCAGACGCCCGAGAAAACCGCCCAGAUGCCCGUUCUGCCAUGAACCGGCACAAUAACGAAGCUGGACGAAUGACCAUUCUGGAGAACAUGCACCUACGCUGCAAGUGCCACGGCUUGUCAGGCAGUUGCGAAGUGAAGACAUGCUGGUGGGCGCAGCCAGACUUCCGUCUUCUCGGGGACUACCUGAAGGACAAGUACGACAGCGCUUCAGAGAUGGUGGUGGAGAAGCACCGGGAGUCGCGUGGCUGGGUGGAGACGCUGCGGGCCAAGUACGCCUUCUUCAAACACCCCACCGAGCGGGACCUGGUGUACUACGAGGGCUCGCCCAACUUCUGCGAGCCCAACCCAGAGACGGGGUCCUUCGGCACGCGGGAUCGCGUCUGCAACGUCUCCUCUCACGGUAUCGAGGGCUGCGACCUGCUCUGCUGCGGCCGCGGGCACAACACGCGGACUGAGAAGCGCAAGGAGAAGUGCCACUGCAUCUUCCACUGGUGCUGCUACGUCAGCUGCCAGGAAUGUGUACGAGUAUACGACGUGCACACGUGCAAAUGAGGAAACCGCUGGAAAAAGUGGUAGGGGGGUAGGGAAGACUGUGGACAUGAAGAGAAUGAAAGAGAGAAGAGACAGUGAGAGAUUUGAGGACUUGAGUAUGCAGAUGACAUCCAUCCCCUGCACAUACACACACUCACCAACACUCACAAGACGUAUCUCUAUAUAAAUAUAUACAUAUAUAUAUUUCGCCCGCAUUGAUGACCACAAACGAAAAACAGUACACAAAACAAAAAAAGCAAAAACAGUAGGUAGUGGCACUUCUGUACUGGAACUUUUUUAACAUCCUUCAAUGACUGCCAACCCCCCUCAUGGGAGAAUCACAGAAUAACCACAUGAUGACUGUUAUCAUUCCUGUUGAUUCCUGCUCAUUUUUUAUUUAUUUCAGUUUGUAAAUCACACGACCUCACUGUGUGAAAACGCAUAGCGCAUUACCUAAACCCUCAAUGUCUUCUGGUAUCAUGUAAACUCUACCUGUCACAUUUAGCUCUCUGAUCAUCUCUACUCGACGCCCAGCGGCUGAAACUGAAUCUGCCCAACACACUCUCACACUACGCACACAUGAAAGUACUGGAGGGGCUGGUGGGAGGAGGAGGAGGGGUUGUGGGCACUCCUAUACUUAACUACUGAACAUUCUGAGCCUGAAGGCUACUGGGUCUUUUUGCCCUGCUUAUACUACUGAAACUGACGCAAAACCCCACGCUUCCCCGUUUUCCUGGUCCUGCUUUUAGCCUUUUUACCCAUGUCUUGCCUGCUAGAUACAGUAUGCCUGUUUAUUAUAGACCUGCAUCUCCCAAAUCUGCUUUACUGUUUAAGCGUAAAGGCAUGCAAAGUAUACAGAAAUGAUAGGUUCAUAGCGGCCAAUGAACAUCACUCAAUGAAAUAUUGGUGGCAACUGAUCUCUCUCUCAAACACUUCUGAAUACACACAUACACACACCUGCUACAGGUGUGUCCACCCCUGUUACCUGGCGUUCACACUAGCAGACAACAGAGCAACAAGUGACCAGUCAUUUUCUAGCUUAGAUUAGGCCAAAAAAAAUCCGGCCUGACUCAGCCCGAGUCUGUGCAAGUUAAGUUCUGUCCGAGCCUGAGCCGACCUGCCCCAAUAAUUUAGAGCCCAAGCCCGAUUUAAACUUGACAUUUUUAGUACCGUAUUUUUCACACUAUAUUUUUUUCCAAAAAAUCGUCAAUGUGUGUUUGAAUUCUACCAGUCAGGUAUUAGGAGCAGUAAAGCCACUCCACUAAGGUACAGCGUUGUACAGAAGUUUGAGUUUAGUUCUCCAGCACCGAGAUUGGAGCAGCAUUAGCAUUAGCAGCUAACCAUGCUAAGCGUUAGCUUUUUAGUCAUUCAGAAGUGAGUAUUAUUAGCCUGUUGCCUGCUGCUAACCCCGGCUAGCACAGCUGGAGCAGCAUUAGCAUUAGUCGCUAAACGCGCCAGCUCUUUCGCCGUUUAGAGGCAAGUAUAUUGGACUCUAGUCUGCAAGUUUACCGUGUUAAAACUAGCUGAUGGCGCCCUGGGUUACUAGAACACUCAGGGUUCCUCAGCUUACUAGCACUAACUGCUACAUGGCAACACCUAGUGACAUUUAAAAUGCUUAUAAUCCAAUGCGCCUUAUGUUUAAAAACAGACGAGAACUAGAUGUUCAGGGCCAUUGCGCCCUUUAAUCUGGUGCACCUUAUAAUGUGAAAAAUACUUUAAACAAAGGCUUAAAACUGAGCUUUUCACACACAUUUUCGGGCUGUUUGAAGCAGCAAAAUCUGUUCAGAAUGAUGUUAAUAAACAUUGCAACACUGAAGAAGCACAGACCUGUUAUUUAAGAAAAAUAUCUAUUAAGAACAGAAACACAGUUUAAUUUAUUACUUUGCUAUAUUAUGAUUAUCUCGCCAUAGAUUUAUGUAAAAUAAAAAAUAUCAUUAAAAAAACAGACGCCUACAUCACAGACCAUUUUCUUGAGCUGAGUUCGGGUCGGGCUCGGGCAGAGAAUCUAAACUCUACGCAGUGAUAGAGCCACAUCAUAUCGAGUUAAGAAUUUCUCAACUUUAUGCAAAUUAAUAACAAUAGCAUGAAGCGACAUAGAAGAGAGGCUCAUAACCACUGAUUCUUCUUUUCCAGUUUAUUAUGAUGCAUGUUUGCACAUAAAACUGGGAAAUUAGAAGAAAAUAAAGCAUGGAGAAGACAGUAAACAGUGAUGGUAGCUAGCUCGAUUAGCUAGCAUGCUAAUAACCACAGUUAACCCCAUAUGUCAACCCGCAAAAGACAAAUUUGGGGCAGAAUUAGCAAUUUGUCACCUGCCAGUGUGAACGCAGGAUUAGUUAACUUGUUCAUGGUUCAACAGGUGGAACAUAUUUUGUAAGAGAACAUGUACGACUUGUUCCUAAUCAUUUAUCACACACUGCUUACAAAAUCAACGUCAAACAAAGUAAAAGUGAUGCAAAAUCAUUAUUAUAUUUACAUUUAUAAGGAUGAAUCUUCUAAUUCAUGCCUGAAACCCAGCACUGAAGGCCAAGUUUGGACAGCAUCAACAACAGCUUUGGUUCUCGUCUUUGGAUUGUCUUUUAGAUAAGAUUUCAGGAUGGGAUUAUCUACCAUCCAGAGACAUGACUGACUGACUGCAUCAGUAUGAUUAUGAGUAUCAGUAUCUGGAUUUCUUGAUCUUCCAUCAAGAUAAAGAUCAUGUUUUCCUGUCUUUGAUAAUGAUGAUGAUGAUGGUUAUGAUUAUGAUGGUGCUCAUGAGAUACCAAGGAACAGAUCAAGAGUGGUUGACUAUUUGACUGCCUGUCUAAACAAAGCCAAAGUGUUUCCACCAGAUAGAAGUAAAACCAAGAAAGUCCCCAUGAAUCUCAAGUGGAUCCAUUUAUACAGUAAAAUUUGCACUUACAGAAAAAUGAAUGACUAAUAACACUAAUCUUAGGAAUUAUAACCAUCUGAUAUUUUAAACAAACAUUUUUUAUGGGAAAAAUCAGAUUCACAGAUCAUGUUAGCACCCGUUUGUGUGUUAAGCUUCACAGGAGAACAGAAGGAUAUACAGAAAAAGGGGCUAGAUAGCGUCAAAAUGUGACUGAGUGGAGAAACAUGAGAGUUAAGAGGAGGAGGACUAGUUUGUGUAAUGGUAAACAUGUGAAGGUUACACAGUAGAUUUGCCAGUGUUUAAUCUACACUUUCAGUGUUAAAUUAGUUUAAAGGGUUAAAUCUUGUCUUGAACUACAGAGCAUUUUAAAUUCUGAUUUCCUAUUAAAGGUAAAAUACAGCUCUGGAAAAAAAUAAGAGAGCACUUAAAAUGAUGAGUUUCUUUGAUUUUACCACAUUUAAAACCUCUGGAAUAUAAUCAAGAGGAAGAUGGAUGAUUACAAGCCAUCAAACCAAGCAGAACUUGAAUUUUCUGCACCAGGAGUAAAGGCAUAAAAUUACCCAAAAGUAGUCUGUAAGACUGGUGGAGGAAAACACGCCAAGAUGCAUGAAAACUGGAUUAAAAUCCAGAUUUCUGAACUCUUAAAACUUUAAGAAUUAUUUGAGGUCUGAAAGCUCUUUUUUUUGUUUGUUUUUUCAGAUAUUUCUCAUUUUCUGUAAAUAAAUGCUCUAAAUGACAAUAUUUUUAUUUGGAAUUUGGGAGAAAUGUUGUCUGUAGUUUAUAGAAUAAAACAACAAUGUUCAUUUUACUCAAAUAUAAACCUAUUAACAGCAAAAUCAGAGAAACUGAUUCAGAAACUGAAGUGCUCUCUUAAUUUUUUCUUAUUCUCCAGAGCUGUAUACUCUAAGACAAGGCUUAUUUUCUGUGUGUUGACGGUGCUAACCCUGGUAAAUGUACUGUGUAAAAGAAACGGGCUUCACAACGGCACAACAGACAAGCAGAGGGUUCUGUACAUGUUCCGACAGUCCGACGCACGUCCCAUUAAUUAAGCUGAACUGGAAAAGCAGAAGGUAGACAUUAGCGCAGCCCCCUGAGCCUGAGUCUCGACCCAGUGUCCUCCCCAUACCCUGAGGAGCCCGGCCUUCAUUUCUGCACUCCCUUUCUGUUUCUCCCCCUGCUAUAUCCAAAGUUUUGUACAAAAAGUUUUAAAGUUAAUAAUUCCCUUUUUAUUUUAUCUUCUGGAAAUGUUAUGUUUUUAUAAAUAUUAUUUAUUAUACAAUGUAUAUAUCUGUAUGACUGAACUAAGAUUAUAUAUUUGAAGAACAA